AUGGCGGACUCACGCCCCGCUUCGCGCUUACUGCACCACCGCAUCAGCAUCGCCAGGGCCGUACCCAGGACCAACGCCAUGAACCUUCUGGCGUUCUACCAACUUCCGGAAUCCCGGUGGGCCACGAGGAAGUUGGCAGAACCCCAGAAGCUAGAAUCGGAUUUGGAGUCCGCCUACAAGUCGAAGAUGGCAGUAUGGGGCAUUAUCUUCAUGUCCUCGGCCCUGGGCAUGGUCCUGGGCAUGGCGAUGCUGGUACGGUGGUGCAGUAGGCGUCACACCGACCGUGAGUCCGCCAUGGUUCACGCUCUCGAGACCUCGAGAGGAUGA